GUGUGGCGUCCAAACCACAAAAGCCGGGCCAGGAAACUACAACUCCCAGGGCGUUCCGGAGCCGAGCAGCUGGACUACGGGAAGUGGCAGGCGGAGGUCAGCAGGCAGCAACUCCGGGAUCAGGGCGCACAAGCCCAGCGUUCGGAGCCACAAGCAUGCUGCGUCCCAAGGCCUUGACCCAAGUGCUAAGCCAAGCCAACACCGGAGGUGUCCAGAGCACCCUGCUGCUGAAUAACGAAGGUUCUCUGCUGGCCUACUCCGGUUAUGGGGAUACAGACGCCCGGGUCACCGCGGCCAUCGCCAGUAACAUCUGGGCCGCCUACGAUCGAAAUGGCAACCAAGCAUUUAAUGAAGACAAUCUCAAAUUCAUCCUCAUGGACUGCAUGGAGGGCCGUGUCGCCAUCACCCGAGUGGCCAACCUCCUGCUGUGUAUGUAUGCCAAGGAGACCGUUGGCUUCGGAAUGCUCAAGGCCAAGGCCCAGGCCUUGGUGCAAUACCUGGAGGAGCCCCUCACCCAAGUAGCAGCAUCAUAGUGGACAUCAGUGGAAGCUAGAGUCAGAAAAGAGAUGACCAUUUAGAGGGGCAGGGCCCCCUGGGGAAACCCUUCGGGACUAUGGGGGGGAGGGUGAGAUUUUUUUUUUUUUCCAAGAAUAAAUUUAAACUCCUGCCUGUG